UAUGCUCCUGAAAUUUUGAGGUUGGCACAUAGUAGCUUAUUAGUUUAGAUAAUUUUAUUGCUGAAAUUAUCGAAAUUUUAUCAAUAAUAUCCAUGUAAAUGUUGCCAUAUCCUCGAGUAAAUAAAAUUUUUUCGUAGUGUAAAAAAUUUUGAGCAUCCUAAUUUUAUCUCCCUAACAAGACUUAACUUUAUUUUAGUGACUCCGAAGCGACUGUUUAUCAGAUAAAGUGACUGUAAUGGCUGAUCCAAGUGAUUUAGAUCGACAAAUAGAGCAAUUAAAAAAAUGUGAAAUAAUUAAAGAAGCUGAAGUAAAAGCAUUAUGUGCUAAAGCACGGGAAAUUCUCAUAGAAGAAAGUAAUGUCCAACGAAUCGAUUCACCUGUUACCGUAUGUGGCGAUAUUCACGGCCAGUUUUAUGAUUUAAAAGAACUUUUUAAAGUUGGAGGUGACGUGCCAGAAACAAAUUAUUUAUUUAUGGGUGAUUUUGUUGAUCGAGGAUUUUACAGUGUUGAAACAUUCCUUUUACUUCUGGCGUUAAAAGUACGUUAUCCGGAUCGAAUUACAUUAAUCCGUGGUAAUCAUGAAUCACGACAAAUUACACAAGUAUACGGAUUUUAUGAUGAAUGUCUUCGUAAAUACGGUAGUAUUACAGUGUGGCGGUAUUGCACUGAAAUUUUUGAUUACUUAUCUUUAUCUGCAAUUAUUGAUGGAAGAAUAUUCUGCGUACACGGUGGCCUUUCUCCGAGCAUUCAAACUUUGGAUCAAAUACGAACUAUAGAUCGAAAGCAAGAAGUUCCUCAUGAUGGACCCAUGUGUGAUUUGUUAUGGUCUGAUCCCGAAGAUACUCAAGGAUGGGGAGUUUCACCCAGAGGGGCAGGUUAUUUAUUCGGUAGUGAUGUUGUAGCACAAUUUAAUUCUGCGAAUGAUAUUGAUAUGAUAUGUAGAGCUCAUCAGUUGGUUAUGGAAGGUUACAAAUGGCAUUUUAAUGAGACAGUCCUCACUGUAUGGUCUGCUCCAAACUACUGUUAUCGAUGUGGUAAUGUCGCUGCUAUUUUAGAACUAAAUGAACAUUUGCAACGAGACUUUACAAUAUUUGAAGCUGCGCCACAAGAAAGUCGAGGUAUACCUAGUAAAAAGCCGCAAGCAGAUUAUUUCUUAUAAAAUUUGUGUCGAUUCUCCGACAAAAUAUCUAAUUCAAUUUGUAAUAAUUAUAAUUCUCCAUUAUAUUGUCAAGUUCUACUUGCAAUGAACCAUUUGAUUAUUCGUUGUUUCACGUACUGUAUCAUUAUCGAAAAUAUCUUUUAUAAGCAUUAAUAAAAAACCAAAUAUGACUUUCA